GUUUUUCACUGUGUUUGUUGUUGCAAGCAUUUUAUAUGCACUUUAUGAUGUCAUGAUGGUACGUCGCUGGGAAUUCACAUUUCCUGUGGAUUACACCUCAAUAACUAAUUGCUCACGAUGUGGAUGCAUAGCAAUGAAGAAGCAGCAUUACAUCAUAUUGGCAACGCCUCGGAGUGGAUCAACCAUGCUCAACUACAUUCUAUGUCAGCAUCCAGAUAUCGGUUGCACUAAUGAACCACUGCAUAAUAAGUUAGAGUUGCUGCCAAGGGACCUUGUUGGAGACUCCUUGGAUAAUAUAAUGCGAUACCUGUUACGAUCGGUUCAUAAACUGGAUUGUAAUAAAGUUUACGGGUUCAAAGUUUUCACAGACCAUUUAUACGAGGCUAAUAUACCAUUAAAAGAUUUGAUCAGGAUAUUGAAUAAACCUAAAAUUAUUUUACUUUAUAGAAAAAAUAUCUUGGAAUCAUUUGUUUCAAUGAAAAUCAGUCAAAGGACACAAAUUUGGAAUAUUCACUUGGACGGCCCAAGAAGAAAUCUACAUCUACCGCCUCAAAAUGUCACGCUUACUUGGGGUGGGUAUGCUCUAUGGAGAAGUAAAAUUGAAAAGCGCUGGAUAGAGCCUCUUAAGGAGUUUAAUACAUACCCCAAUAAUAUGAAAACCAUGGUGACAUAUACAGACCUAACUGAAAACAGGGAUGUUGUUAUACCAAAACUUGUUAAGUUUUUAGGGUUCAAACCACAGUAUUUUAGUCCAAUGAAUAUUAAAUUGAAUCCAGAGUCGCUUGAAGAUAAAAUUGCAAAUUAUGGGGAGUUCAUGGCUCAGUUAGAGAAACACAAUGUUUCAAUGUAUCUAGAUGUAGCACAAAUGCUUCGAUCAAUUCAUAAAACAAAUGCUUCAAAACAUUGAAUUUGAGUAUAUACUUUGUAUACUACUGCACACUACAUUCCUAUCGAAUAGAGGAGUUUCUAUACAGCUUUGAAUCC